AUGAGUGACGCUGAGAUGGAAAUAUUUGGAGUGGCUGCUCCAUACCUCCGAAAGUCGGAGCGAGAGAGAAUCGCAGCUCAAAACAUGCCGUUUGAUGCCAAAUCGUCUGUGUUUGUGCCGGACCCAAAGCAGGAGUAUGUGAAGGGGAAAAUCAAGACCCAAGAUGGGUCCAAGGUCACUGUGGAGACAGAGGAUAGAAAGGUGGGUUUUGUUUUCCUUUGGUCUAUUUUAUUUUUCUAAAGCUUGAAUCUGAUUUAACAAAUCUUUUGAUGUCAUACCUCAGGUCAUCACGGUUGAUGUGGACGACAUUCGCCCCAUGAAUCCUCCAAAGUUUGACAAGAUUGAAGACAUGGCUCUGCUGACUCACCUUCAUGAACCAGCUGUGCUGUUUAACUUGAAAGAGCGCUAUGCCGCCUGGAUGAUCUAUGUAACUAUAAACAAUGAAAAGAUUAUAAAUUGUCUCUUAAUAAAAAAAACCCCAAUCUAUUUUAGGCAUCUCUGCAGGAUUUCACGAGUGAAAAGAAGCACUUUGGUGAGCAAGAAAUUAGACUCUGUGAUGUUUCUUGUAAUUUUAGACGUACUCUGGACUCUUCUGCGUCACUGUCAAUCCGUACAAAUGGCUUCCUGUCUACAACCCUGAGGUUGUUGCUGGGUACCGAGGGAAGAAACGACAGGAAGCUCCACCACACAUCUUCUCCAUCUCUGACAACGCCUACCAGUUCAUGCUCACAGGUCCAGACCAGUCAUUACAUACCAAAUAAACAAUACAUAAUACAACAACAAUAUCUAAUGCUGUCAUAAUCCAUCUUACAAAAUAAAUGAUACCAAUAAAUAAAAGACUCAGACUACUACUCACUUUCAAGAAUGAAGCCAAUUAAAUAAUUUUUAUUUAUUUAUUUUUAUUAACAAUAUUUACUGAGUACCACUUUUGUUUAAUUCAACCCACAAUUAAUUUUUGAAGUCAUAUAUAAGUCAAUAUGCCGGACUGAUAAAAUGUUUUUUAGUUGAAGUGAGAGGCCUUAAAAACGUGUUUCUAAUCUGAUUUCUUUCCCCAAAUCAGAUCGAGAGAACCAGUCCAUCCUGAUCACGUGAGUGCCACUUAUUGUGCUCAUUUUUCAGUGGACAAUCAAUAUAUAUGAAUUUCCAAAUAUUAUCUCUGCUGUACUUUUUUCAGCGGAGAAUCUGGUGCCGGGAAGACCGUCAACACCAAGAGAGUUAUCCAGUACUUUGCAACAAUUGCAUCAUUUGGAGACUCGAGCAAGAAGGAGCAACCUGCCGGCAAAAUGCAGGUUCAGAUCUUUCAUUUGGAAAAUGAAAUCAUUUAUUUUAGAUGUAUGAGAUCAAGGGGUUUAUCAUGAAGCAGGACUAGGUCUGCUGAGCCUUGUGUCACAGUUUUACUAUAAUAAAGCUGGAUCUCUUUUAGGUUGGCUAGAUCACCAUGGUAACUUACUCUAAAUUCAUGACUGGGUCAGGAACAGGGGCGGGGCUUCUGAUAUCAUUGUUUCUGUCAACAAUGGCAAAAACAACCACUUGGUUUUUUUUAGGUACAGUUUCUAGGUCUGUAAUUGAUAAAGAGCGUCAACUUUCACCCUUUAUCAACUACAGCACCCCCUGCAGUCUUUACCUAUCUUGUCCUUUACAAGCUCAAGUAGUAUUAUCUGGAAAAAAUGAGUAAUUUCUUGUCAAUAUUUAAUCUGGAAAUAGCAAAAAAGAGCUGUUUUUUGAGCUGAUCAUGUGACACCAACCCCUAGAAAGGUUUAAAAAUUACUGUAUGAAAAUCCUUCAUCUUGACGCUGAUGGUCUUGUUUGCUUUUUUGUCUCAUAAUAAGGAUUUAAUGUGAAUUUCACUCUAUCCCAUUAACAUAACAAAACCCACAGGAGCUUUAAAUGUACCGCAGUUGAAGUUUAAGAGCUGCUCUUCAACAAAAGGGAGCAACUAAGUGCAUAACAUGGUAAACUGUUAAAUUAAUUUACUGCUCAAUACAACAAUGUCUUCCCUUUUCUUUCUUGAACUACACCGACUUUGAUAGUUUUGAUCACAACUACUUUCAUGAAACCCCACACCUUUAAAUGAAGCUACAGGCCUCUCAGGCAGCUUACUCACUGAAUGAAGAGCUUGCUCUGUGGUUACCCCCCAGGUGUGUGAGCAGCUGCUUUAGAAACGCACAGACAUGUUAAUCUUUAAUUCUCUAUGUGAGUUACAGGGCACUCUGGAGGAUCAAAUCAUCCAGGCCAACCCUCUGCUGGAAGCUUUUGGGAAUGCCAAGACUGUGAGGAAUGACAACUCCUCUCGAUUUGUGAGUUUACAUCUGAUCAGUGCAGAGGGUGCUGUCGCUGCUCUUACUGUUGCAAUAAAGUUUUUAUCUCCUCAUAAUGAGAGUAAUCUGGUAUCACAAAGGAACAAAUCUGUAACACUGAUUUGAGUUUUUUUUGACAACUUUAACAGUUCAGGUUUUCCAUAAAUAAGAUACAGGUCCUUUGGAAAUUAUAUGAUACUGUACAAAAAUGAGAAACAGUACAAUGAAGCUCACUGAUGAGGACGCAAUACUGUAAGAUAUGACAUAGACAUUGACAAUAUAGUGAGAUAACACUGGAUCGUGAAAAAGGAAGAGAAAGAUCAGUCUGUGAUAUUUUUUAAUAUCCAACUUUGUGACUUUUUCAGGGUAAAUUCAUCCGCAUCCACUUUGGAACAAAGGGGAAGCUGGCAUCAGCUGAUAUUGAAACUUGUAAGUGUUUUAAUUACAUUAACAGUAAUGUUUAUAAUCCACUUUGGGUUUUAAAUGCAUAUUAUAUCUUUGUUUUUGUCAAUUAUAAUUCUUAGACCUUCUGGAAAAAUCCAGAGUGACAUUUCAGCUGCCAGCAGAGAGGAGCUACCACAUCUUCUAUCAGAUCAUGUCCAACAAGAAACCUGAGCUGAUUGGUGAUUAUGACUGUUUUUUUUUUUUUUUUUGUCAAACAUCUUUUUAAACUUUUUGGUUCUGAUUCCUUUUUAACUGUGUUUGGUUGAAAAAAAAAACAAAAAACGUUUAGCUUUCAAAAAUAUUACUUAACAACAUCUUUGAUUUUACCUGAAAAAGGAGGAAUUGAUUACUCAGGAGACCACACAUUGCUGCAUCUUUCUUAAAACAAACCAGAAAUAAGUUAAGUGUGGAUUAGACUCUCUUUUUUUCAUCAUGACAGGAUGUGUUUAACAUACCAGUAUGGAUUUCUUUUUUUUUUUUUUUGAUAAAAUUGUUUUGAUGUUUUUAUUUUAUUUUGACAUUAAUGCAUUAUAUUGUUUUUGGUAUUGGUUUGUUUCUUCUCAGAUAUGAUGCUGAUUACAACCAAUCCUUAUGACUAUCCCUUCAUUAGCCAGGGAGAAAUCACCGUGCUGAGCAUCAACGACAGCGAUGAGCUGAUGGACACUGAUGUGAGUAAACAUCUAUCUAUCCAUUUAUCUGGCCAGCUAGGUAUAGAUAGAUAGAUGGAUGGAUGGAUGGAUGGAUGGAUGGAUGGAUGGAUGGAUGGAUGGAUGGAUGGAUGGAUGGAUAGAUAGAUAGAUAGAUAGAUAGAUAGAUAGAUAGAUAGAUAGAUAGAUAGAUAGAUAGAUAGAUAGAUAGAUAGAUAGAUAGAUAGAGAAACAUUGAAAAGUAGGUGAGAACAUUCUCUAAUGCUGAUUGAUUUCAUGUAUUGUUGUUCGACAAAGAUGAACAAUAUUUCAAAUCUGUGUGUGUGUUUGUCAGAGUGCCAUCGACAUCCUUGGGUUUAACUCAGAGGAAAAGCUCGGCAUCUACAAGCUGACAGGAGCAGUGAUGCAUUUUGGGAACAUGAAGUUCAAGCAGAAGCAGCGAGAGGAGCAGGCAGAACCCGACGGCACCGAGGGUGGGACAAGUGAAAUAAUUCAUACAUUUUAUGUUAUCAAUAUUUUUUUUAUCUUUUACAGCUUGAUUUACUUUUUUUGACUCUUUAGUGGCAGACAAAGUGGCUUACCUGAUGGGUCUAAACUCCGCUGACCUGUUGAAAGCUCUGUGCUACCCCCGAGUGAAGGUUGGGAAUGAGUAUGUCACCAAAGGACAGACUCCACAGCAGGUACAGUCUCUAUGUUUUUACUUUAAACUCGCUAAAGCCAAUUUCAGGCUGUUUUCACCAAUAUAUGUGCAGCUGGUGACUUCUAUGGUUUAUUACACUUCUUACUAGGUGAAUAAUGCAAUGGGAGCUCUGUCCAAAGCUGUAUAUGAGAAGCUGUUUCUGUGGAUGGUCACCAGGAUCAACCAGCAGCUCGACACCAAACUCCCCCGACAGCAUUUCAUCGGCGUCCUGGACAUCGCAGGAUUUGAGAUCUUUGAGGUAAAGAGAGUCAAACACAUCAAAUCUCUCUGAAAAUACGUGUAUGAAAUGAUUCCUAAUGAUUCAUUCAGAUGAACAGUCUGGAGCAACUCUGCAUCAACUUCACAAACGAGAAACUGCAACAGUUUUUCAACCACCACAUGUUCGUGUUGGAACAAGAGGAGUACAAGAAAGAGGGGAUCGAGUGGGAGUUCAUUGACUUUGGGAUGGACUUAGCAGCCUGCAUCGAGCUUAUUGAGAAGGUGAGAUUAUAAAGUACUCAAAUAAUUGAUCAAUAAUAGAAGCGCAUAUAUCAAAACUGAUCAUCUCUCAUGUCUGCAGCCGAUGGGGAUUUUCUCUAUCCUGGAGGAGGAGUGCAUGUUCCCAAAGGCGACAGACAGCUCCUUCAAAAACAAGCUCUACGACCAACAUCUGGGGAAGAACAGCAUCUUCCAGAAGCCCAAACCCUCCAAAGGAAAGGUCGAGGCUCAUUUCUCUCUGAUGCAUUACGCCGGAACGGUCGACUAUAAUAUCAGCGGCUGGCUGGAGAAGAACAAAGACCCUCUGAACGACACGGUGGUCCAACUUUAUCAGAAAGCUUCCCUGAAGCUGCUCGCUCAGCUGUUUGCCUCGUAUGCUUCAGUUGACGGUCAGUUCAGUUUUUUAUUCAAUAAGUAAAAAUUCCAGUCCAUUCAUCUUACUGCAUUCAUUUCAUCCCUACACAUAAUUGUAGUCAUGACUUUUCUACCAGCUGCCUUUCUUGUCCUCUCCACAUUUAUUUCUCUUUGCACCUAAAAUACAAUCUGUACUGCACCCUAUGAGAUCCUUAUAUCUCUAAGCAGGUGUUAAAUGAUGCUCACUUAGUAAUGUCAAACUAGUGUCAACUCUGGAGUCCUUACAGUGUUGUAUAAACAAGAUUCAGAGACGAUACAAGAGACUUCAUUUCUCAUUUGCAGCUAAUAUAGUAGAGUUAUCCAUAUGCUGCAUAUGAUAUCACCACACAAAUUACCACGAUACAGUGCUAAAUGGAUUUAUCUGAUCCUAGCUAUACUACUGCUGUCACAUAGCAAGAUUGCUGUAACCUUUAUGAUGUACUUAAUGAUUUUUUUCUGGAGGCAGGUGAUGGAAGCAAGAAAAGUUUCAAGAAAAAAGGCUCUUCUUUCCAGACAGUUUCUGCACUCUUCAGGGUAAUAAGAUUUUAAAAGUGCUAUAAAGGAUUUUAUCUAAUGAGUUUGAUUGAAAGGUCGCUUUGUCAAGGUUUUUUAAGUUUCUGUUUCUUUUGCUAAUAAUCAGAGUUUUCUCUGUAGGAGAACCUGAACAAACUGAUGGCGAACCUCAGGUCGACACAUCCUCACUUUGUCAGGUGCAUCAUCCCCAAUGAGACCAAAACUCCAGGUAUGAUAUCAAGAAUUACGCUGUUUGUGUUUUUAAAGCUUUAUUGGUAAAUUCCUAUUCGAUAAGUCACAAUCAAUACGACUUGAAGAGUGUGUAAAAGUAUGAUUGCUUUAAUUGAGGUGUGUCCUUGUAUCAAUAACUGAAUAGCUGAAGGUUUCGACAUUGGUUGUUGAAUUGGUAUCCUUCUUCAAAGUUAAUAAAAAAACCUCAGUAAUAAUUAAUCAACAGGGAUGUAUCAAGAAAAAGAGACAACACAGCCCACACUAGCUGCUUUCAUCUGUUCUCAGAUGCUAAAUUAAGUUAACUGCUGCUGGCUCGAGCUUCACACACACACAGAUCUAAGAAAGGAAUGAACCGCAGUGAUUUCAAAAAUGUUAAAUUGUUCUUUUGAAGUGAACUUUUCAUCCUGCAGGCUCUAUGGAUCAUCACCUCGUUCUUCAUCAGCUUCGAUGUAAUGGAGUUUUAGAGGGGAUCAGGAUCUGCAGGAAAGGAUUCCCCAGCAGGAUCCUGUACGGAGACUUCAGACAAAGGUACACCCCCAUACACACAAACACAAAUACAAAUAAUUACACGAUUAGGUUCAAGCGCCUCAUGACCUUUGACCUCUGUGAGCAGGUACAGGAUCCUGAAUGCGAGUGCGAUCCCUGAAGGUCAGUUCAUCGACAGUAAGAAGGCGUCUGAGAAGCUUCUGUCCUCCAUAGACGUUGAUCACUCUCAGUACAGAUUUGGAUACACGAAGGUGAUUUACUGUUUGUUUUUUCACAAUCAGUAACAAUGACAGUAAUAGUAAAUUAAGUUAUAUGGCACCUUUGAAAACAAAUAAGAUAUAAAGGGCUUUAAAAUUCGAAUGUUUUAUUACAAAACAGUUCAUGGCUGUAGUUAUAAAAAGCAAUAUAAAAGAUGACAUGAAUUACGAUUUUUGAUUCGAUGAUACAAGGUUGCUUUGAUUAAUUUCCCCUCUGUGUCCUUAUCAUUCAACAAAAUAAAACACACUAUGUCCCUGCAGGUGUUUUUCAAAGCGGGGCUCCUGGGUCUCCUGGAGGAGAUGAGGGACGAGCGUCUGGCUGUGUUGAUGACUCGUAUUCAGGCCGUUUCCAGAGGUUACGUCACUAGACUGAGAAUGAAAGAGAUGACCAAAAAAAGGUUCCUGAGAUGUUACCCAACUCAUAAAUAUCAGAGAACCAUAGCUCAGCCAAGUUAAAGUUAAACAGAGAAAAUUGAUGAUUCAUUUAUUUAUAUAUCGUUGUUUAUCCGUGUCAUAGUGAGCCAAUAGUAGAAUGCUAAUCAGCCAUAUUGGUCAUACUGGUAAAAAGGGUAAAAAUGAGAAAUAAACCAAAGCUGUAUAUUUAUUGGACAUCAGUUCAUUGAAUUUUCUUUCAUUGGUCAUUUUCACCCCACAGAGAGUCCAUCUUCGUCAUCCAAUAUAACAUCCGCUCCUUCAUGAACGUGAAAAACUGGCCCUGGAUGAAGCUGUACUUUAAGAUAAAACCUCUGUUACGGAGCGCCGAGGCUGAGAAAGAGAUGCAAAACAUGAAGGAGGAGUUCGCUCGACUCAAAGAAGAGUACGCCAAGUCAGAGGCUCGGAGGAAAGAGCUGGAGGAGAAAAUGGUUGUCCUCGUCCAGGAGAAAAAUGACCUUUACCUGCAAAUACAGGCGGUGUGUGCAACAUGAGCAUGAAUUAAUGGAUGGAUGGAUGGAUGGAUGAAGGGGUAGAUGGUUAGACAUGGAUGAAUGGUUUGAUGGAUGGGUUGAUGGAUCGAUGGGUAAAUGAAUGGGUGAAUGGAUAGGUGAAUGGAUAUAUUGAUAUAUGGAUGGGUAGGUGUGUGCAUGGAUAGAUGAAUGGGUGAAUGGAUGGAUAGACAGAUGAAUAAAUGGAUAGAUGGAUGGAUGAAUAGAAGAACAUGGAUCAACUGAUAGAUUCAUGGAUAGCAGGCUGAUGGAUUGAUCGGUGGGUUGAUGGAUGAAUAGGUAAAUGGAUGGAAUAAUGGAAUAAAAGAUGGAUAAACGAUAGGUGAAUGACUGACAGAUGGAUGGUUGAUGGAUGCAUGAAAGACAAAUGAUGGACAGAUAAUUGCUAGAUGAUGAGCGAAGAAAGAUAACUGAGUAUGACAGGGUUAUACACCACAAAGUCAACAGGGUUGACUUUAUGACUUUCUAAACCUCUUACUUUGGACACUUCGACUUUUCGAAUUCCUGGUAAACAUAGUUUUAAAAGUCUUUCACUGUUUGGUAAAAAAUCUGUUCCUGCUCUCAGGAGAGGGAGAACCUGUGCGAUGCAGAGGAGAGGUGUGAAGGUCUCAUAAAGAGUAAAAUCCACCUGGAGGCCAAACUGAAAGAGUUCUCAGAGCGGGUGGAGGAAGAGGAGGAGAUCAACGCUGAGAUCACAGCAAAGAAGAGGAAGCUGGAAGACGAAUGUUCAGAGCUUAAAAAAGACAUAGAUGACCUCGAACUCACCAUCUCCAAAGUGGAAAAAGAAAAACAUGCCACGGAAAACAAGGUUCUUCUGAUCAAAUUCAAGUUCUCUAAUGGUCAAUACUUAGUAUGUUUGAUCUUCAUAAAACCUUCAAACUGUUUCUCUGAAUAGGUGAAGAACCUGGUGGAAGAGCUCACGUCUCUGGAGGAAAACCUGCUGAAGUCUUCAAAGGAGAUGAAAGCUCUGCAGGAAGUUCAUCAGCAGACGUUGGAUGACCUGCAGGCCGAGGAAGACAAAGUCAACGGUUUGAUGAAGAUCAAAAUCAAGCUGGAGCAGCAGGUCGAUGAUGUGAGUGUUGAACCGAUGAAGAUUUUCUUUUCAUGCUGUGGUUUUGGUUAUAUUGAGAUUUAUGGCUGACGUGAGCAUCUUCUUCAGCUGGAAAACUCACUGGAACAUGAGAAGAAACUUCACGCAGACUCAGAGAGAUGCCGAAGAAAACUGGAGGGAGAUCUGAAGCUGAGCCAAGAAACCAUCAUGGACCUGGAGAACGACCGGCAGCAGUCGGAGGAGAGGCUGAAAAAGUAGGGUUUUCUAUCAUCGCCUGUUCAAUCGGACUUCAGCAUUGAAAUGUGGUUAAAAGCUGGAUGAAAAUACAUCUGUCAGUCCAUGACCUUUUUUUUGGCCGGUUUUUAACUGCCUCAGAUCCGCUGACCACGCCACUUCAAGUAGAUGAAAACAUGUUUUCAUUUUUGAAUUAUCUUAAUGAAAGGUUUGUUUUCGGGGUGAAAGAACAGAAACCAGGAUUAAGAAGAUGUUUUUCACAAUGUCAUCUAAGACACGAUGAUUUUUGAAUUUCCCUUCGGAGAUCAAUAAAGCUCUUCUUAUUAUAGUUUGUUUAUUUAUAUGCAAACUCAUAAAUACAGUGCCGUUUGGGCACCUUGUACCGUCAUGUUUCUACUGUAGCACAACUCGGACAAACUACUAACAUUUGCACUUGGUCAAUUGCGUCUGUUAUAACAUGAAAUAGAGGAGAGUGGUUGGGGAUACAGUUUGCACUGGUUAACUUUUAUGAUGACAAAAUAAUGAAUCAUAACCUUAAAGCUUAACAAUAGUCUUUUUUUUGUCCAUCUAGGCCACCAUAGCUUAACUAAUGGAGAGCAAGGGAACAUUAAAAUAAAAAUUUUGGCUUUUUAGUCUUUAUCUGGGUCAAAAGUGCAACAUAAGUCCAAACAUUACACCAUUUACAACCUGACAUAGUUACCUUUCUUUUUCAGAAAAGACUUUGAGAUCAGCGGCCUUCAGAGCAGAAUUGAUGAUGAACAAAAUCUCAGCACUCAGCUGCAGAAGAAGAUUAAAGAGCUUCAGGUUUGACUGAAACAACAAAAAAUAUAUUAUGAUGCAUUUCUAAUGAUAGGCUAAAAACCCCUAGUUGCUUAAUAACAGGUUUGAAUUGUCCUCCAGGCUCGCAGCGAGGAGCUGGAGGAGGAAAUAGAGGCAGAGCGUUCGGCUCGAGCCAAAGUGGAGAAACAGCGAUGUGACCUUUCCAGAGAGCUGGACGAAAUCAGUGAACGUCUGGAGGAGGCUGGAGGAGCAACAGCCGCUCAGGCAGAGCUCAACAAGAAGAGGGAGACUGAGGUUCAGAGACUGCGACGGGACCUGGAAGAGUCCACGCUGCAACAUGAGUCUAUUGCUGCGACUCUACGCAGGAAACAGGCGGACAGUGUCGCCGAGCUCAGUGAGCAAAUUGACAACAUCCAGAGAGUGAAGCAGAAGCUGGAGAAAGAAAAAUGUGAGCUGAAGAUGGAGAUCGAUGACAUGAUGAGCAACAUGGAGAGCGUCCUGAAGAGCAAGGUGACAGAAACUCUGUAAUUUCAUAGAUUGAUCCAUCCAUUUAUUCUUUAUUUAUAAAAAUCUGUUUUUUAAUCCUGAUUUUGUUUUGUAGGCUGUUCUUGAGAAAACAUGCAGGAGCUUUGAAGAUCAAAUGAACGAGUAUAAAACCAAAGCAGAAGAAGCUCAGAGGUCUUUGAGUGACUCCACAGCGCACUCUGCUCGUCUACAGACAGAAAAUGGUACGUCCAAUAUCAAUGUUAGCAUUAGAAGGGUGUCAGGAAGGAAUUAUUGAUACUUUAUUCUCUAUUUCAUUAACAGCUGAACUCUCUCGUCAGCUGGAGGAGAAAGAAAUGAGUCUCUCCCAGCUGAGUCGAGUCAAAUCAGUCUGCAGUCAACAAAUGGAAGAACUGAAGAGACUUCUGGAUGAAGAAAUGAAGGUUUCAAUACAGAAAUAAAGUCAUCAAUACACAGAGAAUGAACACACUAAAACCUAAACACAUCAACUUUUGUCUAGAGAAAUCAAUUUAACACAUGAAUAUUCUCUUUCUUCAGGCAAAGAGCGCUCUGGCUCAUGCCCUGCAAUCAUCUCGUCAUGACUGCGAGCUGCUCAGAGAGCAGUACGAGGAGGAGCAGGAGGCCAAAGCUGAGCUUCAUCGCUGCCUGUCCAAGGCCAACAGUGACGUGUCUCAGUGGAGGAACAAAUACGAAACAGACGCCAUCCAACGCACCGAAGAGCUGGAGGAGGCCAAGUAAGAGAGAAAAAAUGUGACACUGCUAAAAGACUGGGAGGUGAACAGGAUAAGAAGCACUGAGGGUCAUGGGAGACCUGUGUACAUUUUAGGAAUCAAUGCUGGUGAAGUUUGCUUUGAUUUUUACAUGUUUUAUCUGGUUUCUUCAGGAAGAAGUUGGCUCAAAGACUGCAGGACUCUGAGGAGAUGACUGAAGUGGCUAAUGUUAAAUGUGCAUCUUUGGAGAAAACCAAACAACGUCUGCAGGCAGAGGUGGAGGAUCUAAUGUUGGAGCUGGAGAGGUCAAACGCAGCCAAUGCUUCGUUGGACAAGAAGCAGAGGAACUUUGACAAAGUACAUAAUCAGAUUUGACUUUUUUCAUGUCGUGUUUUUUAUUGUGGCAACACUGAUCACUCUUUUUCUUGUCUUUAGGUUCUUGCUGAAUGGAAACAGAAAUACGAGGAGACUCAAGCAGAUCUGGAAGUUUCUCAGAGAGAGUCCAGGGGGCUGAGCACCGAACUCUUCAAGCUGAAGAACUCAUACGAAGAAGCUCUGGAUCAUCUGGAGACCAUGAAGAGAGAGAAUAAAAACCUGCAGCGUAAGAGCUCUGUUAAAAAAAACAAAAUCAGCUGUUGUGUUUUUAUUUCAUUUUGGGGAAAAAGUGUUUUUUGGUCGUUUUUUUCGUGUUUUCAGAGGAGAUUUCAGACAUAACUGACCAGGUCGCACAAUCUGCAAAAACCGUCCAUGAGUUGGAAAAAUCAGUGAAACAGGCGGAGCAGGAGAAAAGAGACACGCAGGCAGCUCUGGAGGAAGUUGAGGUUUGUGUCUUUUUUCCUUCCCUUUUUAUUAGCAAUAAAAAAAAUACUACGUAAGAAAUAGUACGUAAAGUUUUUUCUCUUUCGUUUCGGUAGUCAUCAUUGGAACACGAGGAAGCCAAAAUCCUGCACCUCCAACUGGAGCUGAACCAGAUCAAGUCUGAGGUCGACAGAAAGGUGGCGGAGAAAGACGAGGAGAUGGAGCAGCUGAAGAGGAACCAUCAGAGAACUGUGGACACGCUGCAGAACGCGCUGGAUGCUGAGACGCGCAGCAGAAACGAGGCCAUGCGAACAAAGAAGAAGCUGGAGGGCGACCUGAACGAGAUGGAAGUCCAGCUUGGACACGCCAACCGACAGGCGGCUGAAUCCACCAAACAGCUGAGGAUCACCCAGACUCAGCUGAAGGUUUGUUUGAGUUCAGGCUAAAGUCUUAAAAACAGCUUCUGUGUUUUAACCACAAAAUCUUUGGUCCCAGGAAAUGCAGGUCCACCUGGACGACGCGCUCCACAAUCAGGACGACUUAAAGGAGCAGCUCGCCAUCGCCGAACGCCGAAACACUUUGAUGACAGCAGAGAUCGAAGAGAUGACGGCAGCGCUCGAACAAUCCGAGAGGACUCGCAAAGUGGCUGAGCAGGAAGUGAUGGAAAUCAGCGAGCGAGUUCAGCUGCUGCACGCUCAGGUGAGAAGACAAUCAAGAAGAAACUAAAAAGUGGCGCAACAUCUAAUUUACAUUAAUCCACUCAAAUAGGUCUUUUUUUUUUCUUAGAUAAAAUUAUUAAAAAUGUUUCAAUCGCAUCACUUCUCAAAAACCACUGUUGCCUUGGUGACAAGGGGUUGGCGUGGAAGCAUUCCAUUCUAGAAUUUGAUUGGUAGACGUCAUCAAUGCUGCGUUCCAGUUACCUCGGAAGUCGGAUGUCAGAGCUGGGAAUGAUGUUACACCCAAGUUGACGGUGUUCCAGUUAACAAGUCGGAAAACCAAGAUGGACGCCAACAGUUACCCGUUGUUAGCGGUUGUUUACAAUUGUCAGCUGUCGUUCGCUGUUGUCAGUUGUUGUUAGCUGUUGUUAGCUAUACCAGUUGUAAACAACGCAUAACACGGUAUUUUACUCUUACAAACACCAUAGCACUGUGUUCACAGUUAGACGUUGAGCAGUAUAUCAAAUACCACUAAUUAUAUUUCACAAAAACAAAACAGAAGUGCUAAUAAAUAAUACAUUACAAAAGCUUUUGCUGUUACUAUUAACUGUUGAUGCACUGCGCUGCCAUCUUGGAUUAUGACGUUGUCGUCAAGUUGGGGUUGGUGAGGAUCGUACAACUUUCCGAGACGCUAAUCUGACUUCAUGGGGGUGUUCCAGAUGAAUUUCCGACUCAGAGCUGGGAAAUUCCAACUUCCGAGUAUAACUGGAACUCAGCAUAAAUAACCUCAUUUUACAAACAGCACAUUUAAGACAAACCUGCAUAAAUGUGAGAUAGGUCUGAAUAGGGCUGUGGGGGCUAUUAAUUGCUGCUGCUAAUUGCUGUGUUUUCUAUCAGAAUGGCAGUCUGCUAAACUCGAAGAGGAAGGCAGACACAGAUUUAAAUCAGCUGCAGUCUCAGAUGGAGGAGACCAUCCAGGAGGCCAAAAAUGCAGAUGACAAAGCUAGAAAAGCUGUCACCGAUGUGAGUCUCUGUCUUUAUCUUAUUAUUGUUCAUUUUCUGCAUGACUUACUUGCUGAGUCCUUGAUUUUAACCUGAAUUUAAACACAGGCGGCCAUGAUGGCAGAGGAGCUGAAGAAAGAGCAAGACACCUGUGCUCACCUGGAGAGGAUGAAGAAGAACCUGGAGGUGACGGUGAAGGACCUGCAACACCGACUGGAUGAAGCUGAGCAGCUUGCUUUGAAGGGUGGGAAGAAAGAGCUGCAGAAACUGGAAGCACGGGUAUGAAGGACAGACUCAAACAGAAAUAUAUAAAGAAAGAAUAAGGAAUGACAGAUGACUGAGAAAAAAACAAUUAAUGAAAGACAGAAAAGCUGCUGUGGAUUGAAAGAGAUUAAAUUUGUUUCAAGGUUCGUGACCUUGAGAAUGAGCUGGAUGCAGAGCAGAAACGCGGCGGUGAAGCAAUGAAAGGUCUGCGCAAAUAUGAGCGAAAAAUCAAAGAGCUGACUUACCAGGUAAAAGAUUUUUCUGUUUUUUAAUUUUAGUGGUAGAGGUUUGAGCAAAAUAUGCCAAAAAAAUCUCUCAUCUGUUCUUAUAUGUUUCAGGUUGAGGAGGAAAAGAAGAGCGGGUUGAGACUUCAGGAUUUAGUCGACAAACUGCAGCUGAAAGUGAAGGCGUACAAACGUCAGUGUGAAGAGGCGGUGAGUAUAAACUCAUACAUACAGUUAAAUUAAUCUGUAUAUCCAGAAGAAAUGUUAAAGUCUUUGUAAUACCUGGUCAUACAGGAGGAACAAACCAACGUGAAUCUGCUGAAGUUCCGUAAAGUUCAACACGAGUUGGAGGAAGCUGAAGAACGUGCUGACGCCGCUGAAUCGCAGCUCAACAAACUGCGAGCAAAAAGCCGAGACGUUGGUAAAGAGGAAUGAAAUUAUCUCGGAGAGCAGAAUUCAUCUGCAAAGUUUUGAGUUUAAAUUGUCUGUGUCUGACAAAUAAUGGGUUUUCCCUGUGUUUUCCUCUGAGUUAAGUUUUCAUAAAAUGUUACAUUGGCUACAGAAGAUAAACACUUUAUCCUUAAGUUCAGAGAAACAAUCACCAGAAUUAUUGUAAAGAAUAAAAGCUAAGUAGAAAAAAAAUACAAUAAUACUUAAAAAUACUAACAUUUGACAUCAAUAUUUAAAAAUGAACAUUUCAAAUAUGUUAGCUCAUCUGAGUUAAUGUAAGCAUUCAAAAUCAUUGUGGUUAGUUAAGUUAGUUAGUUGGUUAAGGUUCGACUGAGCAUCAUGACAGAAGAUUGUGAAUUAGCCAGCUAACAGUGUUGUUAGCUACUCUGGCAUAUUGCCAUCGUUGUUCGUUAGCUAAACCUGAAAACAGCUCUUCAUUUGUCACAAAAAAGUCCCUUCGUAUUUUUGAUUUGCAAGGACUGUAAAAACAUCAAAAAGCUGUGAAUGCAUUCAAGCUAGUUAGCUAAUUAGUGCUAUUUGAGGCUUGUUGUUUUGCCUUUAGGGCAACUUUUUCCCUUAUUAAAGAAGACGCCUCCUUUGAGGUAAAAAGGAAACAAUAACUGGCAUUGGCAGGAGGAUAAUGGUAGCUUAACAGUCCUAGCCAAUUAAAAACCCUUAAAACAGUUCGAUGGUCGAGAAAAAUCAUGAAACUGUUUUACAUUUAGAAACAGCUUAUUAGAUUCACCCUUAGCCAAAUUAAAUUGACACAAAUGUUAUUAAAAACAUGACUUUGAUGGUCUAGUAAUCAAUUAUUUUAUCCACAUAAAUUAGUUGGCUGCAAACUGAUGUUAUAAUAAAAGGAUAGCUUAUCCACAACAUUUUUUGAGAAUAAAAAAAAAACAGCCAUAUGAAUAAUGUUGAUAUAUCAGUUAAAAACUAGCUGCUAAGUAGAUGAAUAAAAAGUGGAAGAUUGUUGAGUAUAAUGAUAUUAAUGAGUGGAAAUAUUGCUGAAAAUAAUUUACUUCUUCUGCUCUCUGUUGAAAAAAACAGAGUGACAGAAAACUGACAGUGUAGUGUAAAUUUCAGGAGGGUUUUGCUGUGAACAAAGCAUUUGUAAAGAAAGAAUAAAGACAUUUCCACAUACAUGACAGAUAAACUCUAAACAUAAUUUAUAGUUUUUUUGAUGGUUUAUUCUUCCAUUAUGUUUAUAGCAUGUUAUCAGUGGUUAUUGAGGCAAAAAUUAGGCACUUGUUAUCAAAAAACAAAUUUGAAGCCCUCGGUUACACUCACUAAUAGAUGGUUGAGGUUGUUUUUCAUGUGUUGCAUUUAAAUGUGACAAGCUGCUGUCCCCACUUCCUCUCAUUAAGGUGACAGAUCGAGUUUCUGACGCUGCCGUGGUUAUUCUAAAUGUGGUCGUCAUGUGUUUGUGCCUGCUUGCUUGUCAUGUUCACACACGGUCAGGUGUUAACUUGACAACUAGGAAGUCAGACCAGAAAACUUCUCUCAAGGUGUCCGGGUUACUCUCACCUUGGUGAGAAAACACUCAGAGAGUAAAACACAGACAGGAGAUGUAACUCAAAAGAGUAAUGGUUUAAACAAAAAUAUCAUUUGAACACAAUAAAAGUGGGCAUGCAUUUAUUCUAGAUCAUUAUUUAUACAACUGGCAUGUAUUCUUUAGACCUAAACCAUAAUAUAUUUUAUUUUAUUCUUUCAGGUGAAAUGUGGAUAUUUUUAGAAAUCAAACUUUUCUGUUGCUGGUGUACCACAAGGCUCCAUUUUGGGGCCCAUUUCCCUUUUCACCAUAAUCCUAUAAUUGAUAUUUUGAUGAUUUUAUAAUUAAAAUUUAAAGCUCCUGUGAGGAGAUAUUAUCCGCAGAUUGGAACCUGCAACUGAUGUCAGAGAGAGAGCAAGAGGGUGGCCUAAACAAAUAAACCACGCAAAAAAAAAGAAAAAACUUCUUCAUGAGAAUGACUUCUUUAACAGCAGCCAUUCUCAUGAAACAAAUGAUACAUUACACUGUUAAUAGAAACUAGGAUGAGAAAAAAAAAACUUUGAAAAAUACUGACCAAAAUUAAGGGAGAUGAUGAUGAUGAUGAUGAAAAAGAUGAAUUUAUUUGAAUUAGGCAGACAAAAGCAGCCAAGCAGCUCUUACACACUAACAUUUAUUCUGAUGUCUUUCAAGGUUCGGUUUGAUUGAACAAUUUCAAGGAAAACAAAAAACUAUUUUUUUUUUAAAUUCUUGACAAGUCUUGUAAUUUUUGAUGUGAAAAGUAAAUAACUCCUCCAAUAAAGCUUUAUUCUCUCACCUCAUUUGCAGUUUUUUACAUCAUAAUUCAGCUUGUCUGGUGAUUCCUUUAAAAAGUAAAAAUUAUGUUUAUUGAGGUUUUUAUUGAAGGCCAUCAAAAUUCCAAAUACUCAUGUUUUUAUCAUUAUUUCUGUUAUUACAAUUAUGGUUGAGUAACAUCAGGUUUGACACAUUUGAAAUAUUUUACAAAUUGAAAAAACAUCACUGAAAAACAAAAAAUGUGUAUGUGACUUAAAAAUAGACUUUCUCACAACACUUGUACAAAUUUGUUCAGACAUCUGUGUGAGGUUUAAUCCUGUAAAUCCAACAAGGAGCCUCAAACAAGUCACCUGAUGGUUGAGUCCAGAACACAUGAAGGUCAUGCAACAUCCUUGAGACAAACAUUUAUGUUUCAUAUAUAUACUGUAUAUAAAAUCACAAAAAAAUUAAUAUGUCCUCCAAAAAUACAUCCCUUCAAUCGUCAUUAAACAUGGUAUUGAUUCAGAGUGGUUAAUCAUUAAACAUGGAGUGCUGCUGAGCAUCAAAACACCAUAAGUACUUAAUGACUGCUCUGACAGACUGACGCAUGUAAAAAUAGAUCCUGGGGAUCAUCACCUGCUCCUGCUGACAGGUUCAUAUUAACACCUGGACAUCCUGUGUGAUAUUUCAGGGAGUUAUCUAAGUGUCUGUUCGGAUCGAUAAUGCUGCUUGAUUGACAUUUGAGUCACUUUGCCAAGUUUGGAGGAUCCGUUUUUUUCAGCAGCUCCUUGCUGCUGAUAUAAGGAGCUGAACUCCUGCAGGUGUUCAGUCAGAGAGGAGGCGUUCACUGACCGGUAACAGAAACAUCUUGAUUAUAAUUAUCCUAUUAAUUUUUAUUUAUUGUUUAUUUUAAAUUUUACUGUUUGUGGCUCAGCUCUAGCUGUCUUUUCUUUUUUGUGUGUGUUUGACAUGCAGCACAGAAUCUCUGAUAAUCCAGGAGCGUUUGUCGACUUGGUGAGUAAAUAUGAUACUUUGUCUACUGAAGUGAACAUUUUUGAAAUGUUUAAAACACAAAGUUAAUCCUGGAAAGAUACACUACUUCAUGCUUUUUUAAAUGUUUAGCUCAGCCUAUCAGCAUGAGCAGCGAUGCCGAGAUGGCCCAGUAUGGGCCGGCAUCCAUCUUUCUUCGUAAACCAGAGAGGGAGCGCGUGGAGGCUCAGAACCGGCCGUUUGAUGCCCGGACCGCCUGCUUUGUCCCUGAUGCCAAGGAGCUGUACAUCAAAGGGGUGAUCCAGGGGAGAGAGGGAGGACAAGUCACUGUGAAGACAGCAGCUGAUGAGGUUAUUAUGUCUCAUAUAAUGUUGUGGUUUAUCCUGCAGACAUUAAAAUCACCAUCUUAAAAAAAAAAACCAUCAAUAAUCCAACAGACAAAUUGGCUUUUUGUAGCCCAUACCUGUUUUAUGAUAAUAUUUAUAGAUUUAAGUGUUCAGUGAUGUUCAAUGUUUUAGCUGAUGUUUUAGAGAAUAGCAACUUGUAAUAAGAUUGUGUUUUAAGUCUGAUCCAGACAACAGCACAAAUUCAAACCCCAGCAAGUGUUUUGGUCAUAUUUCUAGAUACAAAUUUUGAAAAUAUUACACUCAAAAUAAAAGUCCUGAAUUAUUUUUUAUAAAGGAAAAAUUCUUCCAAAGGAACAUUAACUCAAAAUUUUUGAAAUAAGACACUUUCUUAUUUCAGGAAACUUAACUCUAACUGCAAUAAAAAGUCUUAAAAAGAACAUUUUUGUUGUUCUUUUGGCAGAUUUUUUUUUUACUCAUUACAAUAAAUCAACUUUUUACCCAUGGCAUCUAACAUCUUGAAAUAAGGUAUUUUCUAGUCUUCUUAGGUGAAUGUGGCUUAAAUUAAAGCUCCUGUAAGGAGUUUUUUAACAGUUAUGAAACAGACUGAAUUUCACAAAAGUUUUAUAUUGUUACAUUUUACAACUAAAACCUUUGUGAGGGGGGAGGUCUCUGCGAGGAAGCUGAAGAAACAGCUGUGUUUUCACAGAUAGGGCGUACCAAAUAAUACACUCCACCCUCAAAAGUAGAUUUCUUUCUGUCAAAAGACACUGUUAAAGCAUGACAAGCAAAGACCGAUUCGUCCACAAGGGGGCACCAAUUAACCACAUAAAUUUUCACCAGAAAUAAGACAAAAUCACUUGCUAAGAUUAGAUUUUUUUGCAGUAUUUUUUAGUGUUGCUUCAUAAAAGGAGGUGUCCUACUUUAUGGAUUAAAAAAAAAAAACAAAUCUUUUCAAACUUUAUUUCCAGACUGUAACAGUCAAAGAGGAAGACGUUCACCCGAUGAAUCCUCCGAAGUACGAUAAGAUCGAGGACAUGGCGAUGAUGACGCAUCUGAACGAGCCGUCUGUGCUGUUUAACCUCAAAGAUCGUUAUGCAGCGUGGAUGAUCUAUGUCAGUGAAGAGACAACCGAAACUUUAAUCAUAUAGCAUAUAUUUAUGUUUGGAAUAUAUUUAAGAUGUAUAAGUAUCUGUGUAUGAUUAAACCAACAUUUACAUACAUAAUGAUGUUUUUUGAGUGUUCAUACAUGGAUUUCUUGGUUACAGACUUAUUCCGGGCUCUUCUGUGCCACUGUGAAUCCCUACAAAUGGCUGCCAGUUUAUGACCCACAGGUGGUGGCGGCCUACAGAGGGAAGAAGAGGAUGGAGGCUCCACCUCACAUUUUCUCUGUCUCUGAUAAUGCAUAUCAAAAUAUGCUCACAGGUAAGACAAAACAGACAGAUGUACAAAGAACCUCACAGAAUCUAAAUCUCUCAUUACUUCAUUGGCAAAGAUCGACUGAAUACUGAUCUGAGAAGAAAAGCUCUUAUAAAAUUAAGACUGGUUUGUCUUCUUUGUGUCUGACAGAUCGUGAGAACCAGUCUGUCCUGAUCACGUGAGUCAUGCUGCACUUCGAUCAAAAUGUUUUUAUUUCUUAGACUAUAAAAUUAUUAAAUUUGACACCUUUGGUUGUGUUUCAAAGUGGAGAAUCUGGUGCAGGAAAGACCGUCAACACCAAACGUGUCAUCCAGUACUUCGCGACAAUCGCAGUGUCUGGUGGAGACAAGAAGGAGCACUCAUCUGGGAAAAUGCAGGUAACGCCAACGUUUAUACUAUCCAAAUAAAAAAGUGACAAAUAAUUAUAUAAUUUAAACACUGAAUCUGGAAAAACUGUUCAGGGGACGCUGGAGGAUCAAAUCAUUUCAGCAAAUCCUUUGCUUGAAGCUUUUGGAAAUGCCAAAACCGUGAGGAAUGACAACUCCUCAAGAUUUGUAAGUUUAAACUUUUAAAGUUUAACUAUGGUAAAGUUACUGUUGUUUUUCAUGUAUAAGCAAUGAUAUUUAAUCUUUUUUUUUUUCUCUUUUAUCUACAAUCCUUGGUAAUAAACUAUAUUUUUCAUGUUUAUUUUAACCAUUUUCACAGAAAAUUGUAUAAUUUACAGGGUAAAUUCAUCAGAAUUCACUUUGGAACGACAGGAAAACUGUCUUCCGCUGAUAUUGAAACCUGUAAGUUAUUUUACUUACACUAACAAUAUUCAUUUUACAUGAAUUAUCUUCUACAUCAUUGCAUUAUAUUAACUACACCACACUAAUAUUACAUGCUUUAAGCCAUCAGUCAUCCGCUCCUAUUUACAUACAGGUAGCAGAGCAACAGCAGUAGUCAUUAAAUAGAAUCAAUAUAGUUUUUCUGUUUUUCUCGCUAUUUUAUCUCUACAACAUCCGAGGCAGCUACCAGAGCACAUGGGAUGAUGGUCUCUGUAGUUCACUCUACCCUUUACUCCACUACAGAUAUAAUCAAACUAGACCUUUAGCUAGAUGUUUGCAGCAGUAUUAAGGCAAUUUUCAGUCUCAGAAUUAAUCACAUCCUUGAUAAGUUUUAGUGGUAAGUAAUUUUGGUGCUGAUUGGUGAAGUUGACAGUAUUUAGGAUGGUAGUAAUUAUACAGAAACAUCCCUGUGCAUACUUAUACUAAAGUUUAAAAAAAAUACAAUUUAUAGUAAAUAAGUUUCCUUAACCAUGUUUGUAAGACAAUGUAUUCUAUAUAUUCUGCUGUAUUUUCGGACAAAAAAUUGUCCUGUUGUCUCUUAACCGUUUAAUUGUAAAUUAUCACUCACUAAUAGUAUUUUCCGCACAAAAAAAUUAUAAAAAGCUUUUUCAACAGGCUGCUGUCAAUCAUCUGGUGUGAACCUAACCCCUUACAGUGAGCUCAAGCACUAAAUAUCACAACAAAAGAAUUAUCAUUCUUGUUGCUAAUGGUCUUGUUUGCUUCUCAACAUCUUAAAGAGGCAUCAGUACAAGUUUCAGAUUGUUUCUCAACCAGAUAAAAAAUCCUUAAAGUGCCUUUAAAUAUUUCCUGUAGACUUGUUGGAGAAGUCGAGAGUGACGUUCCAGCUGUCUGAAGAGAGGAGUUACCACAUCUUCUACCAGAUCAUGACUGGACACAAAUCGGAGCUCAUCGGUGAGACCAGACUUUUUAUGCUGAAGAUUUUUUUGGUGUAAAGACUACGUUCAGUAAAUUAAAACUCUUUACGUUUGUCUCCUCAGAAAUGCUUCUGAUAACAACAAACCCGUAUGACUUCCCCAUGAUCAGUCAGGGUCAGAUCUCUGUGGCCAGCAUCAACGACAAAGAAGAGCUAGAGGCCACAGAUGUGAGAAAUCUGUUAAUUUAUCGCUUUAUAAGUAUUUUACUGACUCCUACUGACUCGAACUUUGAUGACACAGACCGCCACAGACAUCCUUGGCUUCACCAAUGAAGAGAAGUUGUCCAUCUACAAGCUGACAGGAGCAGUGUUGCAUUAUGGGAACAUGAAGUUCAAACAGAAGCAGCGAGAGGAGCAGGCAGAGCCCGAUGGCACCGAGGGUGAGAGAUAGUUUUUUUUUUUAAUCAAUCUUGAAGUGAUGAUAGCUGAAUGAAUAAUGUAACCUCAUGUUGUUUAUCUCUACUUUAUGGAAAAUUGAGUACCUGCUUAACAGUCAAUUUACCAAUACUUAAUUGUUAACAUCCCAAGUAUUUAAAUAUUUAUGUGUGUAUGCAUGUAGUGUGUAUUUAUGUUAGUGAUAAAAUGAUAACGUGUUUUCCAUCCAUCAGUGGCAGACAAAGUGGCUUACCUCAUGGGGCUGAACUCUGCUGACUUGUUGAAGGGACUCUGCUACCCUCGAGUCAAAGUGGGGAAUGAAUACGUGACCAAAGGCCAGACGGUCCCGCAGGUAAUGCUCUACCUUUUAUUUACUGGUUAGAUAGCACAGAUGAUGAAAUACAAGAGAAGAAAACUCAGCCUCAUACGGUUUUAAAAAAUGAUACGUCAAAAAGUGAUGGUGAUUCUUUAAAUCUGCUCAGGUCACUAAUGCAGUUGGAGCGCUGGCAAAGUCAGUGUAUGAGAAGAUGUUUUUAUGGAUGGUGAUCAGGAUCAACGAGAUGCUGGACACCAAGCAGCCGAGGCAGUUCUUCAUCGGAGUGUUGGACAUCGCCGGGUUUGAAAUAUUUGAUGUGAGUUUGAGCGAAGUUGAGCCAUCGAUCUGGAUGAUCCACAGCAGAUAUUUGUUAAUACUUUUAUACUAUACUGCUUUUUGUGACAGUUUAACAGCAUGGAGCAACUCUGCAUCAACUUCACAAACGAGAAACUGCAACAGUUUUUCAACCACCACAUGUUCGUGUUGGAACAAGAGGAGUACAAGAAAGAGGGGAUCGACUGGGAGUUCAUCGACUUUGGGAUGGACUUAGCAGCCUGCAUAGAGCUCAUUGAGAAGGUGAGAUUAAUGCCAUAACCUUUACUUUGUAUUUCAUCCCACCUUAUGAUAAUGAUUGUGUUGUCUGUGACUCCUCCAGCCCAUGGGUAUCUUCUCCAUCCUUGAAGAGGAGUGCAUGUUCCCCAAAGCUUCAGACAUGUCCUUUAAGAACAAACUGUACGAUCAACAUCUGGGAAAAACAAACGCUUUCCAGAAGCCGAAGGUGGUCAAAGGGAAACCCGAAGCUCACUUCACAUUGCUUCAUUACGCCGGCACAGUCGACUACAAUAUCACUGGCUGGCUGGAGAAGAACAAAGACCCUCUGAAUGAGUCUGUGGUCCAACUUUAUCAGAAGUCUCCAAUGAAGCUGCUGGCUUACCUGUAUGCUUCAUUUUCAGGAGGUGAUGCAGGUAAAGAAAAAACUCUACAGUAAGCAGCCAGCCUGAGAUUCAGAGACAGUCAGAGGAAAUGAUCAUUUCAGGCCCAGAACACCUGACAGACUUUACACCUGUGUUUGUAGAAUCAGGCGGAGACGCUGGAGGAGGGAAAGGUGGAAAGAAAGCAGCGAAAAAGAAAGGCGGCUCGUUUCAGACGGUGUCUGCUGUAUUCAGGGUAAAUCACUGAAUCAUGUGAUUUUAAAUCACUUUGACUUUUUGUUCUGCAUGCUUCCAAACAGUUUGAAUCAGCUUUCAAUCAGAGGAUCAAUCAGACUAAAACCUCAGAAGCAAAAAGAGCUUUUGUGUCAUUGGUUUCUGUUUGUGUGAGCAGAAAUCUGAAUUAAUGAUCACUUUAACUGGUGAACUCAAAAAGCUUUGUUUUCCAUCUACCGAUCUAAUGUUUGUCUUAUAAUCUUGAUUUCCACCCAUUUACUUUUUUGGACUGGUUUCUGCUUUCAUCAACUGAUGUGUUACAGUCAGCUGGUCUUUAUUUCUAUCAACUCAUCUUUGGUUUUAAUAAGUGUCUGUUAUGAGAAUCCUUGAAAAUACAGUGUCAUCAGUUAGCCGAUUGCACAAAUAUCAGAGGUCAGCAUCUCUCAGCCUACAAACAGAAACCAGCAAAUUUAUUUCAUUUAGCCUUUAUUUAACCAGGUUAGUCACAUUGAGAUUACAAAUCUCUUUUACAAGGGAGACUUGGCCAAGAGGGCCGCAGCAUAGUGCAAAAAAACAAAAUGUCUAACUGGGAAACUUGGAGCAGGUUUUUGCUCAAGUUUCCAAAUAUUAUUUUGUCUUCGAAAAUUAUGACAGGUUUUGGUGUGUGAAUGGUUUCAACUAAGUAGGAUUGUGUUAACCUUACUUUUUUCUAUAACAGAAAGUGUGCAAACCAACACCAGCUCUGGGGUCUCAGUACACCACAUUACAGUCAGUUUCUAAUUAGAGAUUUGAGUGUAGAGACAGAACGUUACAGAAAGCUGGUUUAUGUUUAAAAAUCGAUGAGUACAAGAAGUAAAAACUCUAAUUCACAGUGUUUAACAAUCCUGAAAAUUCUGGUUUAAAUUGUUGUCCAACAGGAAAACUUGGGGAAACUAAUGACCAACCUGAGGAGCACACACCCUCACUUUGUGCGCUGCCUGAUUCCCAAUGAGACCAAAACUCCAGGUAGGAAAUUACUUGAUAAGUGUUCAUGUAUGCUGCGACUUCCAGCAGGCUCUUAACAGAAAAAUGGUUCAUAUUCAUGUCAGCAGGUGUGCAGGGGAGCAAUCAGACCGUUUAGUAAAAGAUCACACAUACAUUUUUGUAGGUACCAUGGAUAACCACCUGGUGAUCCAUCAGCUUCGCUGUAACGGCGUUCUUGAAGGGAUCAGGAUCUGUAGGAAGGGAUUCCCAAGCAGGAUCCUGUAUGCAGACUUCAAACAGAGGUCACUGAUCCUUACCUGAGACAUAAAGGUAGUUAAACACCUGAUCUGUAAUCUUAAUGCUUCAUGAUAAUCUGUGAUUAUCUAAAUCUGAGCAGGUACAGAAUCCUGAACGCCAGUGCAAUCCCUGAGGGUCAGUUCAUCGAUGGGAAGAAAGCUUCUGAGAAGCUUCUGGGGUCCAUCGACGUCGAUCACACUCAGUACAGAUUUGGAAUGACAAAGGUCAGAGGUCAAAUAUCUCACAUGGUUCAGGUCUAACAGUCUUUAUAGUUUAGUUUGAGUCAUUUAAAGUCAGUGCUAUAUCAUAAUAAAUUAAUAUGUCUCAGGUGUUCUUCAAAGCCGGCCUUCUCGGCACUCUGGAGGAGCUGCGAGAUGAAAAACUGGCCUCGCUGGUGACUCAGACUCAGGCGCUGUGUCGUGGUUACCUGAUGAGGAAGGAAUUCUCCAAAUUAAUCGCUCAAAAGUAAGAAAGAUUCCCUCAAAAUGACAAACAAUACACAGUUAAACCAUCUCAUCCUAAUACCUGUGGUUGAACUCCCAGAGACUGCGUCUGGAUUCUGCAGUACAACCUGAGAUCAUUCAUGAACGUGAAACACUGGCCUUGGAUGAAGCUGUUUUUCAAAAUAAAACCACUUCUGAAGAGCGCUGAGACUGAGAAGGAGAUGGCGACCAUGAAAAUAGACUUUGUCAAAUGUAAAGAGGACCUGUCCAAGUCAGAGUCCAAGAGGAAGGAGUUGGAGGAGAAGAUGGUUUCUCUCCUGCAGGAGAAAAAUAACCUCCUGCUGCAAGUCCAGUCUGUGAGUAUUUACAUAUAAUACAUCUCAUUUUUGUGAGUAUAUUCAUAAGUUUUUCUCAUUGUCCUAACCAUCAAACUUCCCUGUAUCACCUCGUUUUCUUUCCUCAGGACUCAGAGAAUCUGUGCGAUGCAGAGGAGAGAUGUGAAGGUCUCAUUAAGAGCAAAAUCCAGCUGGAGGCUAAACUCAAAGAGGUGACUGAGCGGCUGGAGGAUGAGGAGGAAAUGACGGCAGAGCUGACUGCCAAGAAGAGGAAGCUGGAGGACGAAUGCUCUGAGCUGAAAAAAGACAUCGAUGAUCUGGAGAUAACUCUCGCUAAAGUAGAGAAGGAGAAACAUGCCACUGAAAACAAGGUCUUUGAAAGGCUUCUGUCACUCCCUCUGAACCAAUUUGUUCUGAUUUUUGUUGGUUUGUUAAAAGUGUGUUAAAAACAACUUCUGUGACAAUUACAUGUGGUUGUGUCUUUGCUAAAUUUGUCACCAUGUCAGACCCUUUUAUAUCCAACUAGUCCAUUUUUCCUCUCCCGCAGAACUAUUAAGACCUGCUCUCUUUUGUGUCCUCUCCCUGCUAACUCAUGCCUCUGCAGGUUAAAAACCUGGUGGAAGAACUGGCUGGUCAGGAUGAAAACCUAGGCAAAUUGACAAAGGAGAAGCGAGCGCUGCAGGAAGCUCAUCAGCAGGCACUUGAUGAUCUUCAGGCUGAGGAGGACAAAGUCAACUCCCUGAGCAAAGCUAAGACAAAGCUGGAGCAGCAAGUCGAUGACGUAAGAGAGAUGAUAAAUACGUUUAUGUUACAAUUUAUGGUCUUAAAACAUGAGAUUCUCAUGUCUCAUAUCUGAUUCUCAUAGACUGUACUGUAUGAUUUAUGCAAAGACCCUUCAUUAAUCCACCAUAAGCAAAACAUAGAACUGUAUUUAGCAAGGAAAAAUUGCCUUAGAAGACAUCGCCUCAUAAAACAAUUGUUUCUUAUGCUUUUAUUCUGAAUUGCUUGUCAUACAUUGCUUUAUUUCAUUAGCCUAUAGCCUAAAACAGUCUAACAGUAUAAGCUUAAAGCAGUCUACGACUUUAACAGUCUAAAUCUAUAGCAGUCUACGCCUAUAGCAGUCUAGGCCUAUAGCAGUCUACGCCUUUAACAGUCCAAAUCUAGAGCAGUCUAGGCCUAUAGCAGUCUACAUCUUUAACAGUCUAGGCCUAAAGCAGUCUAGGCCUUUAACAGUCCAAGUUUAUAGCGGUCUACGCCUUUGACAGUCUAAGUCUAUAACAUUCUAGGCCUAUAACAGUCUACGCCUUUAACAGUCAAUGCCUUUAACAGUCUACGUCUAUAGCAGUCUACGCCUAUAGCAUUUGACGACUACAGCAGCAUAAGCCUCAACUUUAAGCCUGAUGAAAAAGUAUGGUUGUGAUGGAUGAUUCCACAUGAGAGGGGCUUGAUAACUUCAAACUCUACCUCCCAUACUGCUUUGAGAAACUGAAGCAGUAGUUUGUAUAAGUUUGUUGUUGACUUUUUAGUUAUUGGAGUUUCUUUUUUAUGGGGAUGAUAACUCAAGGCUCUACUUCCCGUGCUAAUUUUUGGAUAGAAUCACAGGUAGACCUACAGAGUAUGGCUGUGAUAUUCCAGAGGGAUACUAGGCACUUUAAGUUCUUUAAGAUAUGAUGGUGCAUGACCAUUAGAUACUUUAUAGGUCAGUAAAAUGAUUCUUAAUUCAGUCCUUGGCUUUAUGAGGAGUGUAGGGAAGCUAACACGUGGAAGAGGAGCAUGUUUAUCUAGUUCUGGCCAGUACUUUAGGAGUAGAUAUCUCAUUAAAAAUUGUCUCCUGAGCGUUUUUGAUGUGUCAGUUGAUUCUGUGUAUUUUCUUUUAAAGCUUGAAGCAUCUCUGGAGCAGGAGAAGAAGAUUCGGAUGGAUCUGGAGAGAGCAAAGAGGAAGCUGGAGGGAGAUCUGAAACUGAGCCAAGAGUCCAUCAUGGAUCUUGAGAACGACAAACAACAAUCAGAGGAGAAGAUAAAGAAGUAAUUUCAGUCUCUAAUCAUGUACUGUAUGAUACGUGUGUGAUUAAAAUAAGUCUGACACUUUAUUUGCUCUUGUGUUUUAGGAAGGAGUUUGAGAACAAUCAGCUGCUUAGUAAAAUAGCUGAUGAGCAGGCGAUCAAUAAUCAGCUGCAAAAGAAAUUGAAGGAGCUGCAUGUAAGGAGACUUCCCUGUGACUAAAGUCUAUUGAUGAUCAGUUGAUGGUUUAUAAUCUAUUGUUUUAUAAUUUUAGGCCCGGAUUGAAGAGCUAGAAGAGGAAGUGGAAGCUGAGCGAGCAGUUCGGGCAAAGAUCGAGAAGCAGCGGUCUGACCUGUCCAGGGAGAUCGAGGAAAUCAGCGAACGUCUGGAGGAGGCAGGAGGAGCAACCGCCGCUCAGAUCGAGAUGAACAAGAAGAGGGAGGCCGAGUUUUUGAAACUGAGGCGCGAUCUAGAGGAGUCAACCCUGCAUCACGAAGCCACGACUGCUGCGCUGAGGAAGAAACAGGCGGACAGCAUGGCCGAGCUCAGCGAGCAGAUCGACAACCUGCAGAGAAUCAAACAGAAACUGGAGAAAGAAAAAAGCGAGCUGAAGAUGGAGGUGGACGAUUUAGCCGUCAACAUGGAGACUGUGGCCAAAGCCAAGGUGAGUUUAACAAUAAAGGAUUAAUUUAGAGGAACAUACGUAGUUUAAUGUAGAAAUUGUGACAAUAUGUGACAAAAAAUGGGGUUAUAAUGGAUGUGAGGUGAAAAUAUAUAUAAAGUAUUGAAGUAAAUGAUAAAUUCAAGGUGGAAUUAAAUACAGCACAAACUUAGAAAGACUUCAGACUGACUCUGUAACACCAAAGUAAAAACAGAGUAGGAGGAAGAGGGAUCACUUAAUUAAAUUUACAGUGGUUUUGCAUGCAGGCCUAUGUGAACCAUUCCUGUUAUAUAUCUACCUACAGGAACCAGUUUAAUUGUUUUUUAGAAUAAAGAUCUAAAAAAGAUUAUUUUUUUCUAUGAAUGCCUGUUUUUACUCUUCAGGUGAAUCUGGAGAAGACAUGCCGCUCCUUUGAAGAUCAGCUGAUGGAGCUGAAAAGCAAAAAUGAGGAAAACAUGCGACAAAUUAACGAUUUGUCCAAUCAGAGGGCUCGGUUUCAGACCGAAAACGGUAAGUCCUGUUUUCUUGUUGUAAAUAAAAAAAGUGCAUUUUUUUUAGAUUUAAGGGUUUCACUCCUGAAACAUUGAACAGAUAGUGUUAUUUUUUAAAACAACAAACAAACGUCAAACUUAUCUGAGGAUUUGGGAUCUUAAGUUUAUUAAUUAACGACAAAAGGGAAAAAAAAAUCUCAACACCGACAAGAUCUAACAGAAAACUAAAAUUUGUUUUAAGUUAGAGUUGAUGUACUUUCUAUUUUUUAAGAGAUGAUUCAAGUUUCUUGACUAUUGAAAGUUGAUUAUCUUUACUUUAAAAGCGUUUGGCUCUCUUAUAUGAAAUUUUUAAUUAAAAAAAUGACCCAAAGAUGUCUGAAAUUAAAAUUUACUAAUUAACAUUAUGCUGAAAAUUUUACUUUAAAGCUCCUGCAAAGAAUUAUAUUCCUUUUGCUGAUUUGACACCCUUGUGAACAAAUCACUCAUUGUGGAUGGUCUUGUCUGGCGUUGUAUAGAAUAAAAAAACAUUAAUAUAAAUUUUGGUCUAUUUCAUUUAUGUUGAAAAACUUCUCACAGGAGCUUUAACUAAAAUAAACAAAUGUUGAAGGAGCAGGACCUUUUGCUGUCUGGCUGUUAUGCACUCUGUUCUAAAUUUUAAUGUAUGUGUUUUAACACACUGAUAAAAUAAAUAAUUUAUUCUCUGGUGGGUGGCAGCUGAGUUUUCCCGGCAGUUGGAGGAGAAAGAGAGUCUAAUCUCUCAGCUGACGAGAGGAAAACAAGGAUUUACGACUCAGAUCGAGGAGUUAAAGCGUCUGCUUGAGGAAGAGACAAAGGUGAUUAAACGUUUGAAAUUUUGAAAAAGUUUGUUUGACUUUGUUCGUCCUCGUGAAACUUCAUGAAAUCUUCUUCAUCAGGCGAAAAACGCUCUGGCUCACAGUCUGCAGUCGGCCCGUCAUGACUGUGACCUCCUUAGAGAGCAAUACGAGGAGGAGCAGGAGGCGAAGGCGGAGCUUCAGAGGAGUUUAUCAAAAGCCAACACGGAGGUCGCUCUGUGGAGGAACAAGUAUGAAACUGACGCCAUCCAGAGGACGGAGGAGCUGGAGGAGGCCAAGUAAUCACUGCAUCAGUACACUAGUUUAUCAAAUCUAUACACCUGAUAGCAUACAGCAAUAUCAGAUCAAUAAAUAUGAUCCAAACUUCAAAAAUCAAACAUGGACUGAGGAGCUGAAUGAGAACAUGUAAGAUGUUGAUAUUUUCCUCCUUUGCUCCACAGGAAGAAGCUGGCUCAGCGUCUGCAGGAGGCCGAGGAGCAGAUCGAGGCGGUGAACUCCAAAUGUGCGUCUCUAGAGAAAACAAAGCAGCGUCUACAGAACGAGAUGGAGGAUCUGAUGGUGGACGUGGAGAGAUCCAACAGUUUAGCUGCUACGCUCGACAAGAAGCAGAGGAACUUUGAUAAGGUUUGUUGUUAACCUUUUAAUUCCUUAUUUUCUCCAUGUUUCACAGUCAUAUAUCCUUUUUCUCUAUUAUUCCUUUCCUCUCUGUUGAUUUAGAUUCUGGCCGAGUGGAAGCAGAAGUUUGAGGAGUCUCAGGCCGAGCUGGAAAGUUCUCAGAAAGAAUCUCGAUCCCUGAGUACUGAACUCUUCAAACUGAAGAACUCGUACGAAGAAGCUCUGGAUCAUCUGGAGACCACCAAGAGGGAGAAUAAAAACUUGCAGCGUGAGUAAAAGACAUUAGCAAAAGCAUGUCAGGGUUGUGCCUGGCAUUAUUUAUCAAUGAAACAAUUCAAAAGUCAAACAGUUUUAGAAAUAAUUCUUACGGUGGCUCUCUGUGAUCAAACAGAGGAGAUCUCAGACCUGACAGAACAACUCGGGGAGAGCGGGAAGACAGUUCAUGAGCUUGAGAAAUUCAAAAAGCAGGUGGAGACGGAGAAAUUUGACAUGCAGACGUCUCUAGAGGAGGCUGAGGUAUCAUUAAAACUUUCAUAAACUGUUAAAUGUCGAAAAAAUGAGACAAGAACUUUGGUUUUAUUAACUUGUACUGUCUUUAAGGCGACUCUGGAGCAGGAGGAGUCCAAGAUCCUUCGAGUUCAGAUGGAGCUCAACCAGGUGAAGGCCGAGGUGGACAGGAAGCUGGCAGAGAAAGAUGAGGAGAUGGAGCAGAUGAAGAGGAACAACCAGAGAGUGACAGAGUCCAUGCAGACCACGCUGGACUCGGAGGUCCGCAGCAGGAACGACGCUCUGAGACUGAAGAAGAAGAUGGAGGGAGACCUGAACGAGAUGGAGAUCCAGCUGAGCCACGCCAACAGACAGGCAGCCGAGGCCCAGAAACAGCUGAGGAACGUCCAGGGACAACUCAAGGUAAAACCCACUCAGAUGUACUGGGAGACCUGCAAGGACGACUCAAGGUGAAACAGAUGUUACAAUAUGAAAGAAAAUUUACACCAAACAUGAGAAGAUUUAUGUGCAAGUCUCAAGUGCUCAGUGUUUAACUCCAAGUUGAGUCCAUGUGAUCAAUAUGCUACUGUAUUGUAUUAUGGUGUGCUGUUUUGUACAUCAAGUGUCAUCAUCUUUCAGGACGCGCAGAUCCACCUGGACGACACCCUGCGAGGACAUGAUGACAUGAAGGAGCAGGUGACCAUGAUGGAGCGAAGGACAGUGCUGAUGCAGGCGGAGAUCGAGGAGCUGAGAGUCAUCGUGGAGCAGACGGAGCGAAGCCGCAAACUUGCAGAGCAGGAACUGGUGGACGCCAGUGAGAGGGCGGGGCUUCUACACUCUCAGGUAGAUUUCAGUUUUUCAUCUAAAAACCAAAUCUUUGGAGCAGGAUUCAAAACAUUUUAAUUUCUCUAUCAGAACACAAGUCUCCUGAACACCAAGAAGAAACUGGAGGCUGAUGUGACUCAGCUUCACUCUGAGAUCGAAGAAGCUGUUCAGGAGGCGAGAAAUGCUGAGGAGAAGGCCAAGAAAGCCAUCACUGAUGUAAGAGAGCUGGGAUACCAUUAUCUGAUGAACACAAAGUUACUGAAAUUUAUUAAAUAAUCCGUCUUUCUGCAGGCGGCCAUGAUGGCAGAAGAAAUGAAGAAAGAGCAGGACACCUGUGCUCACCUGGAGAGGAUGAAGAAGAACCUGGAGGUGACUGUGAAGGACCUGCAGCACCGACUGGACGAGGCGGAAAACCUCGCAAUGAAGGGCGGGAAGAAGCAGCUGCAGAAACUGGAAGCACGGGUACGAAUGCUGGAUGGUAUUUAGAUUUAGAGUGUCAAAUUUACCUUCAAUAUAAGAAGCAAUCCAGUGAUUUUGUUUCCAUGUGCAGGUUCGUGAGCUGGAGAUGGAGCUGGAGGCUGAACAAAAACGCUCAUCAGACGCCAUUAAAGGAGUCCGGAAGUACGAGAGAAAAAUCAAAGAGCUCACCUAUCAGGUAAACAUGCUCUGCUUGUUAGUUCCUUCUUAAUAAUUUAUGUAUUUAAAAAAAAAAACAGACUGUGAGAGAGUUUGUGAUCUUGUUUCUAGUCGGAUGAAGACAAAAAAAAUAACAUCAGACUUCAGGACCUGGUGGACAAACUGCAGAUCAAAAUGAAGGCGUACAAACGACAAGCAGAGGAGGCUGUGAGUUCAGCAGUCAUCUGUAUAUAUGUAUAAUUAUUUUAUGUUAUGUAAAUGAUCCUGAACACUGUAUUACAAACAUAGAUUUAUGGUACAAAGGAAGAGUGGACCAUCAUCCACAUAAUGACCUUCAGUUGUACAGUUAGAUAUAUAUUCAUAUGUUAAAAUAUGUAACAUGUUUAUGUGUGAAGGAGGAGCAGUCUAACGUCCACAUGGCGAGGUUCAGGAAGGUUCAGCAUGAGCUCGAGGAGGCUGAAGAGAGAGCCGAUGUGGCCGAAUCUAUUGCCAACAAGAUGAGAGCCAAGAGCCGAGACAUCGGAUCAAAGGUACCCCAAUGAUUAUCAUUGUUUUACUGUUUUAUAUCACCUUUUGGUUAUUUGGACAACAGUCUGCAGACAUGAUCGCUUUCAUCGUCUUUUUUGUGGAGUUAAAAUUGUACAUAUUUGUGUAAAGGAUGAAGUGUCAGAUUCAUAAAAUGAUUGUCCUGCUUUAUUGAAGAAGACUGGAAACUGGAGGUUGAGACCAUGUACUGAUUAUAAAAUGUGUACUGAGGGGAUAGCUUGACUUCUACACUCACCGGCCACUUUAUUAGGUACACCUGUCCAACUGCUCGUUAACACUUAAUUUCUAAUCAGCCAAUCCCAUGGCGGCAACUUAGUGCAUUUAGGCAUGUAGACAUGGUCAAGACAAUCUCCUGCAGUUCAAACCGAGCAUCAGUAUGGGGAAGAAAGGUGAUUUGAGUGACUUUGAACGUGGCAUGGUUGUUGGUGCCAGAAGGGCUGUUCUGAGUAUUUCAGAAACUGCUGAUCUACUGGGAUUUUCACGCACAACCAUCUCUAGGGUUUACAGAGAAUGGUCCGAAAAAGAAAAAAUAUCCAGUGAGCGGCAGUUCUGUGGGCGGAAAUGCCUUGUUGAUGCCAGAGGUCAGAGGAGAAUGGCCAGACUGGUUUGAGCUGAUAGAAAGGCAACAGUGACUCAAAUAACCACCCGUUACAACCAAGGUAGGCAGAAGAGCAUCUCUGAACGCACAGUACGUCGAACUUUGAGGCAGAUGGGCUACAGCAGCAGAAGACCACGCCGGGUGCCACUCCUUUCAGCUAAGAACAGGAAACUGAGGCUACAAUUUGCACAAGCUCAUCGAAAUUGGACAAUAGAAGAUUGGAAAAAUGUUGCCUGGUCUGAUGAGUCUCGAUUUCUGCUGCGACAUUCGGAUGGUAGGGUCAGAAUUUGGCGUCAACAACAUGAAAGCAUGGAUCCAUCCUGCCUUGUAUCAACGGUUCAGGCUGGUGGUGGUGGUGUCAUGGUGUGGGGAAUAUUUUCUUGGCACUCUUUGGGCCCCUUGGUACCAAUUGAGCAUUGUUGCAACGCCACAGCCUACCUGAGUAUUGUUGCUGACCAUGUCCAUCCCUUUAUGACCACAAUGUACCCAACUUCUGAUGGCUACUUUCAGCAGGAUAAUGCGCCAUGUCAUAAAGCUGGAAUCAUCUCAGACUGGUUUCUUGAACAUGAAAAUGAGUUCACUGUACUCAAAUGGCCUCCACAGUCACCAGAUCUCAAUCCAAUAGAGCAUCUUUGGGAUGUGGUGGAACGGGAGAUUCGCAUCAUGGAUGUGCAGCCGACAAAUCUGCGGCAACUGUGUGAUGCCAUCAUGUCAAUAUGGACCAAGCUCUCUGAGGAAUGCUUCCAGCACCUUGUUGAAUCUAUGCCACGAAGAAUUGAGGCAGUUCUGAAGGCAAAAGGGGGUCCAACCCGUUACUAGCAUGGUGUACCUAAUAAAGUGGCCGGUGAGUGUAUAAAGUCAGGCUGCUUUUUACCAAACUAUAAAGUCACCCCCUGCUGGAAAGCAGCAGGAAUGCAGGGUUUAUAACUUUAUUUUUCAUACGUUUAAAAUAAAAGUUUUAAUUAUGCUUAUAAGAAAUUCAUUUUCAGUGAUAUCAGGUUUUGUCUGACUGCUUUGAUAAAGCAUUAUAGAAAAAUAAACCUUUUAAUAUUUCCUUUUAUUUUGUUUUUCAGACCCAAGAGGGACAGGGCGAGUAGCUGGGAGGAAAAUUUAGUAUGUGCAUGAGACAUAAGUUUGACAUAACAAACAAUAACAUGUGGUUUAACAUAGUGAGCGAUAUUAACAUCAUUAAAACUGAUAUAAAAAUAUAAUUUUAGAAAUACAACAAAUAUUGUGACACCAACAACAAAGAAACUAGAGGCGUAAAGUUACAACUAUGAGAAAUAGGUAAAAAUGGAUGAUCCUGUAUGAAGUUAUUCUUUUAUACCACAGAGUAUUGGGGCCACAUUAAGAAAAAAAUCCACUUUUAAAGAACAAAGUUGUAAAGCUUACUGGUAUAAGGCCAUUAUUUAUUUUAAGGUUAUCAUUUUAGUUACAACCAUUGAAAAGGGGAAAUCCAACCAGCAGCCAAAACCGUUGGUUUACCAAAACUACAGUUUUACUUUGACUUUAAAAUUAUGACUUAAUUCUCCUGAU